AUGCAUGGCAGCACAGGGUGCAUUGUAGUUGUAGUGGAGGGUUCGCUGUGUGUGGACAUUACAGUGACUGGAAAUGAAGGAGCUGAAGUUCAAAUCAAGUGUCCGUAUUCACAAGGAUUUGAAGAAUGUGGCAAGUAUUUCUACAAAGGCGUUUACAAAGACCGUGUCACUGUACUGUCCAGCGGAGAGAAGACCGUCAACGACAGAUUCUCAAUGCAGGACGACAAGAAAACCAGAACAUUCACAGUGACCAUCAGAAACUUGAUCAUGACAGAUGCCGGACCAUACGGCUGUGAAGCUUGGUGUGUGAUGAGUCGAGACUUUAAUCAAGUUCUUCUCAAGGUGAAUAAAGAUCUAGUGACCUCGUUUACCUCCAAACCUGCCUUUAGUUUCAUUUCUACCCCCAAAACACAAACCCCAUCACCAUCUCCAUCUAUAGACACCAUCACCGCCUGCACAUCCACAGGAAGUACUGAAGGCCCGCUCUCUCAGAUGGACUCUGACUCUCUUUCUGUUGCUGUCGGUCAGGUCGUGGUUCUGCUGGUUCUGCUGAUUCUGUGUGUUGGAUCGUUUCUGCUUCUAAAACUUUGGAGAAAAAAAUGUAGAACAGCUCUGCAUCAGCAAAACGAUCGGAAGAAUAGAGAGAUACAGAGAAAGAGGGCGUGCUCUGUCAAGAGUUCUGAUGGCAGAGAGUAAACGUGAGGACAGGAAACUGCUUGUGGUUUGUGAGAAGUUCACACUUGAUUUUCACACACAGCGGCCCUCGACGUCACACGCACAUCAGCGUUUGACCUUCACCACGAGAGACAAACAGCAUUAUUGUGUGAAGUAUGCCAACAAGUAUAUCUGACAGAGAUCUCUCAGGAACACAGACAUGAAUCUCUCACUGACACUUUCUGUGUUUCUGAUGUUGGGUAAGUCCAUCUUUCCUCGUUCUUUCAGUGGAAUUGUAUGGUAAAGUAAUAAAGGAGUAUAUUAUAAUGAAUCUAAUAAAGUCAA